GUUAUUAAUAUUAAUAUAGAAUUUGACAGUGGUUCAAAAAAAUAUUCUACGUAAGCAAAGAUUACAAUUAGAUUGGUACAUCCUCACGUGUAUAACUUACAUAACAUAGGUACUGCAAAUGUCUUCAUCUUGAUUCAUUUUUAAAAAAUGGCUGGCAUCGCACCACAAGCUUGCAGAAAUGUAUUUCGACAAGUUAGAGGAUUUCAUAUAUCUGCAAAUCAAAAUGCGUCUGAAGCUAAAUUAAAAAGUUUUGCUGUAUAUCGUUGGAACCCAGACAAACCUGAUGAAAAACCAUAUAUGCAAGAAUAUAAAGUUGAUCUAAAUACUUGUGGUCCUAUGGUUUUGGAUGCAUUGAUUAAAAUUAAGAAUGAAAUUGAUCCAACUUUAACCUUUCGUCGUUCUUGUCGUGAAGGUAUUUGUGGUUCCUGUGCUAUGAAUAUUGGUGGUACAAAUACAUUAGCAUGUAUAAGCAAAAUUGAUACUAAUUUAAAUUCAACUAGUAAAAUUUAUCCAUUACCACAUAUGUAUAUAGUAAAAGAUUUAGUGCCCGACUUAAAUAACUUUUAUAAUCAAUAUAAAAGUAUACAACCAUGGUUGCAACGUGGUGAUGCAAAGGAGACUGGUGCAAAACAAUAUUUACAAAGUGUUGAAGAUCGUAAAAAAUUGGAUGGUCUCUAUGAAUGUAUCUUAUGUGCUUGCUGCAGUACUUCUUGCCCAUCAUAUUGGUGGAAUGGUGAUAAAUAUUUAGGACCUGCUGUACUUAUGCAGGCUUAUAGAUGGAUUAUUGAUUCGCGUGAUAGCAAAGCAAAGGAACGUCUUGCAAAAUUACGAGAUCCAUAUUCAGUAUAUCGUUGUCAUACAAUUAUGAAUUGUACUCGUACUUGUCCAAAAGGCUUGAAUCCUGGAAAGGCAAUUGCAGAAAUAAAAAAAUUGUUAUCUAAUAUCAGUCAGAAACAAAAACCUGAUCUUGAAACUGCUAUAUAAAUAAAAGAAAAAAA